AUGAGAAUAGACUCUUCUCCCAUCAAUUACGUCUCUAGCUCCAGUCCUACCAGGGCUUUCAAUCGCAAUGACAUCCGCUCUGAUAUUCGCUCCGAUGCACACAGCGUGAGCAGUGGCCUUUUCGUUUCACCAAGUGGCCAAGAACGUCGAGGUUACCGUCGUGCCGAUCUUCAUUCCAGUGGAUUCGGGUCAUCAACUGGUCGUCGGACACGGAUGUUUGUGGGCGCGGAUGGGAUGCCCGCUGAUGACAGUGUCCCUCGAUCGGAUGCCACAUUCUCGAACCUUAAUCCCGGGACCUCAGAGGCGGAAGCCAUAGCUGGAGAUGGAAGUCGUACAAUCUGGGGCACGAACGUUUCACUUACAGAGUCUUAUUCAGCAUUCAAGACGUUUCUGUACAAUUUUGCGACGAAAUAUCGCAUGUGGGCAGAUGGUGCCACCGAUGAAGAGACUAGAGCCCUAGGCCCAGCAGCUGAAAGGCGCGAGUAUAUCGACAUGCUCAAUAACAUGCGUCGACUGGGUCUAACUAGUUUGAAUUUGGACGCACGCAAUCUCAAAGCUUACCCACCAACGAAAAAACUUUGGCAUCAAAUGCAAUUAUAUCCUCAGGAAGUCGUACCCCUGAUGGAUCAGACAGUGAAGGAUGUGAUGGUCGACCUGGCACUUAAGGAGAUGGAUAGUAUCCGAGCCGAUGCUCAGCAUGGUGUUCAGUCCCGGAACAGACGAGGCCAAGAUAUUCUAACUUCGGAUGGUGUGACGUCUCAUGUCGAUAUCCCAGACCUCGUGAGCGAAGCCGAAAAUGCAAAAUAUAAAGUCCUUCCAUUCGGGCUGGAUAAGACCGUGAACAUGAGAGAUCUCGACCCAGCCGCAUUCUUCCGAUGUAACGUUUGUGGCUAUGGCUCCGUCGUCGAGAUCGACCGUGGCAGGAUCCAAGAGCCCACUGUUUGUAUUCGAGAGAGCUGCAAGUCAAAAAACUCCAUGCAGUUGCAGCAUAACCGUUGCGAGUUUGACGAUAAACAAGUUAUCAAGCUCCAGGAAACGCCGGAUAAUGUGCCCGAUGGUCAAACACCCCACUCCGUAUCGCUGUGCGUUUAUGAGGAGUUGGUCGAUGUAUGCAAAGCCGGUGACCGCGUUGAGGUAACGGGUAUCUUCCGCAGUAACCCCAUGCGCGUGAACCCUCGUCAACGUUCUCAGAAGACCCUUUUCAAGACCUACAUUGAUGUUCUCCACAUCCAAAAAGUGGACCGGAAGAAGAUGGGCAUCGACACAUCAACGGUUGAGCAAGAGAUGUCCGAACAAGCAGCCGAAGCCGACCAGGCUCGCAAGAUCUCGGCGGAAGAGGAGGAGAAGAUCAAACAAACUGCAGCUCGCCCUGACGUGUACGAGCUGUUGGCCCGAUCUUUGGCGCCUAGUCUCUACGAAAUGGACGACGUGAAGAAGGGUAUUCUCUUGCAGCUAUUUGGUGGCACCAACAAAACCUUCCAAAAGGGUGGCAACCCACGCUAUCGUGGCGAUAUCAACGUCCUGCUGUGCGGUGACCCGUCUACUGCGAAAUCCCAGCUUCUGCGCUAUGUCCACAAGAUUGCACCCCGUGGCGUCUACACCAGUGGUAAGGGUUCCUCAGCUGUCGGUUUGACCGCGUACGUGACCCGCGAUCCCGAAACUCGCCAGAUGGUCCUGGAAUCAGGUGCUCUGGUCUUGUCUGAUGGCGGUGUUUGCUGUAUCGACGAGUUCGACAAAAUGAACGAAGCCACCCGAUCCGUUCUUCACGAAGUGAUGGAACAGCAGACCGUGUCUAUCGCCAAGGCCGGUAUCAUUACCACUCUAAAUGCGCGAACCUCGAUUCUCGCAUCUGCCAACCCGAUUGGCAGCAGAUACAACCCCAACCUCCCUGUGCCUCAAAACAUCGACCUCCCUCCGACCCUUCUCUCCCGUUUCGAUCUUGUCUACCUUGUCCUGGACCGUGCGGAUGAGACUGAAGACCGUCGCUUGGCGAAGCACUUGGUGAGCAUGUACUUGGAGGAUACUCCAGAAAACGCUAGCUCGGAAGAGAUUCUCCCUAUCGAGUUCCUUACAGCUUACAUCACCUACGCCAAAACCAAGAUCAACCCCGUCCUUACCCCAGCGGCUGGUACCGCGCUAACUGACGCCUACGUGGCCAUGCGCCAACUGGGUGAUGACAUCCGCGCGCAAGAACGCCGCAUCACGGCAACCACACGUCAGCUCGAGUCCAUGAUUCGACUGUCCGAGGCACACGCUCGCAUGCGGCUGUCCCACGAAGUCACCGCUGCUGACGUGGAAGAAGCUGUGCGCCUGAUCCGUUCGGCUAUCAAACAGGCCGCCACCGACGCCCGCACCGGUCUCAUUGAUAUGGGCCUGCUCACCGAGGGAACUAGCGCUAGCGAGCGUCGCUUGCGCGAAGACCUCAAGAAAGCCGUGCUGCGUCUCCUGGACGAGCGUGGUGGCAUUAAUGGUGCUCCCGUUCGCUGGACCGAUCUAUUUAAGGACCUUGGUGAACAGAGUGAUGUGACAGUGGAGCACCAGCAAUUCUCGGAUGCGGUACGAUCGCUGGAGGCAGAGGGAGCCGUGAAUGUCGUUGGGGAGGGGCCGCGGCGGAGUAUUAAGCGAUCGGCCUUGGGUCUGUCUUGA